AUGACAUCAAACACCCUUCGAUUUGUUCGCGGCAUUGCCCUGUUCGCCGCUUUGGCGCAACCACUGCUCGCCAAAGACAUUUAUCUCGACUGUGGGUCGGCUACAUCGGGCGAUGGAAGCAGAUCGCGUCCCUUUUCGACCCUCAGCAGAGCCAACAACGCUGUUUUAAGCCCAGGAGACUCACUUCAAGUCAAGUCGGGAACUGUUUGUACUGGAACACUGUCCCCAAAGGGUAGUGGCACCCAUAGCCGUCCUAUUACCUUGACAAGCUACGGAGGCGGGCCAAUUCCCAUCAUCAACGGCUCCGGGGCUGCUGAAGCAGUUAGUCUGACAAAUCAGGAUUAUUGGGAUAUCUCAAAUAUUGCCAUCAUCAACCCUGCAUCCUCCGUCGGUUGGAGGCGUGGUAUCGUAGGGACUUCAAGUGAUGGGACGGUCCACCACGGCCUCUAUAUCCACGACAUUACUGUCUACAACGUUGCCGGGGAGACAAACAAAGCAACCCAGUCCGCCGCGUUUAUUGCUUCCGGUGGAAUCCUAGUGAAUGGAACCGAGAAUGCCAGUCGGUAUGAUGACGUGAAAAUCUACAACAAUACUAUUUACGAUUGCGGUGGUGGAGGUAUCAAAGUUCGCGUUGGUCAAAUGGACAACCGUGGCAAAGGCACACAAAUUUGGGGCAACGAAAUAUCGUACGUCGGUGGUGACGGCGUUGUUGUCUCCUAUGGCGAGUCACCUAUGAUCGAACAAAACAAGGCUGGGUUUCUUGGUCACGGCAAAUACCCAUGGACUGGGGGAAAUUUCGCUGGCAUCUGGGUACUGGGCUGUCAAGACGCUGUCAUGCGAUACAAUGUCGUUCACGAUUCUCUCAUGUCAGAUAUAGACAGCGAGGCAUUUGACUGUGACUGGGGUAACGAGGGGACAUGUACGGUCGAAUAUAACUACAGCCAUGACAACGCGGGGGGGGGAUAUUCCUGA